AUGCUGCCUUCUGAUGCGAAAACAUGCAAGGGGUGCGAGAACGACUUUUGUCACGGGCAGAAAAUAAUACCAUUCGAUCUGGUGUUUUCGCACAAGGAACGGUACCACUUUCCUUUGCAUCGAGAUUGGAUAAAUGAGCAAGCUUCAAACAGGGAGUCAACGCGUUACUACCACGCUGACCCGAAGUGUAUCAUGCCACGGUUCUCUUACUUCUCUAACGACUUUAUCGAGAUCCCUGGCGAGGUUCGCAACUCACUCCAAGAAUCGCACAAAGUUUAUUUGGAGAAUCUACCCUUGCUAUCAAUCUAA